CCCUAAGUCAAGUUAUAUUUUGAUAUUCUGCGUUUUUAAAACUGUUGCUGUUUAGAACAUUUUUCUUUUGCUAGCUAGCAAUGGCAAUAUUCUAGGAAUGUUAAAGAUGAAACAAGUCAUCAUCUAACACCGAAGACAUGGCCACAGAAUCUCAGGUAGGUAUAUAAAUGAUGCCACCGCUAAUGCAGUUUCAGACAUAUUGGGUGUAAACAAUGAUACGUUGAUGCGAAAUUCGGGUGAAAGCAAGACGUUGAAUACUUUAUACACCGAUACCCAAACGUUUAUGGAAAGUGAAGAGUAUAAGGAAUAUUAUAGUCUGUUUAGCAGACUUGGUUUCUUCAAGAAAAACGUAUUCAUCCAAGCUUAUACAAUAAUAUACUGAUAUUGUUAGCCCAACCUGUUCAUAUUAAUAUUAAUAUUUUGAGAAAAAACUCAUUAGUACGAAGGGAAAAUCUAGAAUAUUCUGACUUUAGAACUAUAAAGCUCUUGCUUGCUAUAUACUAAUAUAGUAUGUAAAUAGGACUGAAAUGUGUGUAUGUCACAGACAGCUGUAUCAGACAAACUACGCAUUGAGUCAUUGUCACAUUGAGAAGAUACGUCACAUGCAAUCGCUUAAAUGAAAAGCCUUCUGAUGACGAGUGUAUAUUGAAAGCUGAAAUCAGUUAUUUGUCUCAUAACUGUUAUCAAAUGCUUGGAUUAUCGAAUCGGUCGAUGAAGUCGAAGUAUAUUUUGGCAAAUAUUGUAAUAAUAGAUCAAUAUAUAAAGUUACAUCGACAUUGUCAUUGUAGUAUUAGAUAACUCACAAUCACCAGAUAUUGCCGGUGGCAUUACUGAUUACUGGCAAAUUUAUUAUGCAUUUUUAAUUUAACCACCAUUACUGCAUUAGUCAAAGGAACGAGUACGUUUUCUAACAAGUACAAUUUACCUGAAGUCCUAAAUAUACUCGUAUAUUUCUGUUUUUCUCUACUUGAGUCUUUUGAACCAAGUGGAAACUUUGGCCGUCCACAAAAUUAGCAUGUAUACCCCCAAGGCGCGAAUGAUGGCACUUGUUGGGCAGUGCAAGAGAUCAUGUUUGAAAUUCUCUCUUAGACUAAGUGAAUGCAUUUGGAUGUUUCAUAAAUGAAGGAGAGCACUGACACGCACACUGAUCGGGAAAAAUCAGAGCUCGAACGGACAAACAGGUGCGAAACAAUCAGUGAUCAAACAAGCUCUGCAGAACAAGGCGAAUAUAGCGGUAUAACAGUUAAAAUAUCUGACCAUUCUUCACGAAAAAGACGAACGGUCCAUCAACUGAGUGACGAGGAUAUUAGUGCUCAUGAGAAGAAGAGAAACUACGAUCUUGAAGCAUCUGUUCAAUCACUUGUCUUACAACAGAAAGAAACCACUUCUGACACUGAAAAGCAACAAGACGAUUUAAAACAAAAUCAAACCUCUCCUCAAAGACAUAGUCAUAGGCCUAGACUAAGCAAUACCUGUACAAGUCCAAAGAAAGGGUUACUACAACGUCAACAAGGGCAAGAGACUGAGGAAGAGACAAAGCAGGCUACAUGUCAAACAAAAGCUAAAGCAGAUAUCAAAAGCAGUUCCAGCAGUGAGAUAGCAACCACUGGUAAACAGUCAAAUCCAGCACUAGAAAACCUUCUUCAAACUUUAUUAAAAUAUUCCAGUUUGUUUCAAAAAGAUGAAGACGGAGAUACGUGAGUAUACUCUUCACUUUAAUAUUUUGUAUUUAAAAAUAUACUAUUUUAUAUUAAUUUAUACUAAGUAAUGAGUAUAAUGUUCAUCUCAUGCAGAAGAAGUUGUAUGAAUACUUGUGCCUGAAUAGACAACUUGCAUGUUAGACUAAUUUUUUAUCUAGGCAAAACAAGUAAAUUGGGCCCGUAAAGAACUUACUAUAAGAUUAGUAAAAUUGCAAAAUUUGGUUACGAAAUGUUGUAAAAGUACGGAAAAUAUAGCCUUGGCCAUUGCGAAAUUUGCAUUUUUUGUAUGUUUUUGUAUUACGUGCGGAAAUUGUUACCAUUUUUGAGCCGAAAAUUGGCUGAUCAAUACAAUAUGCAUUAUAAAAAACAAUUCGCUUUUCAGUCAUUAUUUAACCAGUAUGAAAAUUCACAACCUCAACAAACAAAAAUACUUAUUAUUAAGAAUAUUUAAUUUUUUAAAACCACAAACCGCUGAAAUAUAAUGUGGAAUCUAUUGAAAUACUUUAACAAUUUAAAAUGUAUUUAAAUACGAUCAAUACCAUUUACAUUCUUUAAUUUCCGGUUACAGAUCAGAUAAUACUGGCACAUGCAUAAAAACAUUCUGAGUCACACAUAGCAUCCUCCGCAGGCAUCUAAAGCCGAGAAACCCAGGUGACCAUGGGAUGCCUGUGGAGGACUGCACGGGAUUAUGAUUUCGGCCGUCGUUACGAUCUUUGUACAAAACUUAAUAUGUCCAAAUACGAAAGAAUGAUACAAGAAUAUUGUAAUAUACUUCAUCCCGGUUUCAAAAACCAGUGGCAUGCUGUGUACGCUUGGCAUGGCGGUAAACCCGUGCAUUAUAAUAUUUUAUAUUUAUGUAUAGUAUUUACAUACAUGUAUAUUUACAUUGAAACCAUUUAGCAUUCUUCACCUGGCUAUAGUUCACAAAAAUAUCAAUUUAACAUUUGCAACAAUAUUGGCUAUGGUUAGAAGAAAAAAGGAAAACGACAAGGGGAUCAACAUUCAAAACAAAUUACUUCAGGUAAAAUGACCCACCUAUUAUUAUACGUCUCUCUAUUUCUAUUUGGCUGAGG